ACGUGUUGUCGCCAUGGGCCGCCGCCCCGCCCGCUGUUACCGCUACUGUGAGAACAAGCCGUACCCAAAGUCCCGCUUCUGCCGCGGUGUCCCCAAUGCCAAGAUCCGCGUCUUCGACCUGGGCCGGAAGAAGGCCAGAGUGGACGAGUUCCCGCUCUGUGGCCACAUGGUGUCCGACGAGCACGAGCAGCUGUCCUCCGAGGCGCUGGAGGCGGCGCGCGUCUGUGCCCACAAGUACCUGGCGAGGCGCCGCGGGCGCGACGGUCACCUCCGCGUGCGCCUCCACCCCCUCCACGUCCUGCGCGUCCACGAGAUGAUGUCCUGUGCCCGCGCCGGCCGGCUCCAGACCGGCAUGCGGGGCGCCUGCGGGACGCCCCAGGGCACGGCGGCCCGAGUCCGCGCCGGCCAGGUCGUCAUGUCCGUCCUCACCAAGCUCCCGAACAGGGAGCACGUGGUCGAAGCCUGACGCAGGGCCAAGUUCAAGUUCCCCGGCCGCCAGAGGAUCCACAUCUCCAAGAAGUGGGGCUUUACCGAGUUUAAUGCCGGAGAAUUGGACGACAGGGGGGCCGAGAAGCGCCUCAUCCCGGAUGGUUGUGGAGUCAAAUACGUCCCCAGUCAAGGCCCCCAUUCAACCUAUUGA